AUGGACCCUAAUGCUCAAGCUGUGGAGCCAAUUUGGGGAUGGCAGAGUCAGCACUCCACGAUUGCCAACAGAGGCAAGCACAUUUUGGGGAAGGAUAUUUUGAGCGAUGUCAUCUUCCGGAUUCAGGCGCCAGAUACCCCCAGUGUCGACAUCAGAGCACACAAAAAGCUGAACAUUACAGAAUCCUGCUGGGGUAGUGCGGUGUUUGAAACGAUGCUUUACGGCACCAUGAAAGAGACAACCAGCAUUAUUAAAAUUACUGACAUGGACUCCGAGACGUUCCGAAUUGUUUUGAGAUAUAUUUAUCACGAUCAAAUUGGGCCGCUCAGCAAGUUGACUGCCUUUUCGGCCCUUUAUGCCGCGAAGAAAUACGGUAUCCCAAUUCUGAAGGACGCCUGCGAACAGUAUUUGAGACAGAAUGUGGCUGCCGAUAACUGCCUGGCUUGGUGUAUUCAGGCACGGCUGUAUGACGAAACGAAUCUGGAGGACUUCUGUCUGGCGAAGAUUGAUUUAUGGGGAGCCUCCGUACUGCAGUCCGCAGAUUUCCUGGAAAUUGAUUUGGAAAUGUUGAAACUAAUUCUACGUCGCGACACUAUAAAGGCCAAAGAGAUGGAUAUGGGCCAGUCAUCAGUGUGA